CCACGAAACUUUUUUGACAUUUGACGUUUUGUGUUUUCUAAGAUGGCGACGAAAAAAACGCGUCUUUUGUGAAUGUAAUCACAACAAAUUAAAAUUAACGCGUUUAAAUGUGAAAAAUAUUACAUGAAAAUUGUGAAAAACCAUAAUUAAAGAAGUGCUAAACACUUUGUGUGUGAAAUUGUGUGCAAAACUUAAGUGAAAAUGGCCACAAAUAUGUAUCGGGUUGGAGAUUAUGUCUACGUAGAGACAACUCCGAAUAACCCAUUUUUAAUACGGCGCAUAGAAGAGCUAAAUAAAAAUCAAUCGGGAAAUGUGGAGGCGAAGGUUAUGUGCUUCUAUAGAAGGCGUGAUCUGCCGAAUCCACUUGUACAACUGGCUGAUAAACAUCAACUGGCAACCGCUGAAGAUUCCCCACUGGCUACGAAGCUGAAGAAAACAUGGCUUAGAACACCAGUAGGCGAAGAGCAGGCCGCACAAGCAGUAUUAGAUCCUUCUAUAGCAGCUUUGGAUGAGGGACUCAACAGUCCUAUACACCAUGGACCGGGCGUUGGUGCGGCAUCUGCGGAAAAAGGUGAAUCAUUAACGGCCAAACAACGCUAUCAGAUCAAACAUCGUGAAUUGUUUUUGUCGCGUCAAGUCGAGACACUGCCUGCCACACAAAUUCGUGGCAAAUGUUCGGUUACAUUGCUAAACGAGACGGAGUCCCUGCAAAGCUAUCUCAGUAAAGACGACACAUUCUUCUACUGCUUAGUUUUCGAUCCUAACCAGAAAACGUUGCUCGCCGACAAAGGCGAAAUACGUGUGGGUAGCCGUUAUCAAAGUGAAAUUCCUGCGAAACUCAAAGAUGUCGCGAGCGAUGAACGUAAAUUAGAGGAUCUCGAAACGUUAGUGUGGACUCCGCAGCAUAGUCUAAACGAUCGUAAAAUCGAUCAGUUUUUGGUAGUGUCGCGCUCAAUAGGCACAUUCGCACGUGCACUGGACUGUAGCAGUUCGGUGAAGCAGCCGUCAUUGCAUAUGUCGGCCGCAGCUGCUAGCCGUGACAUAACACUGUUUCAUGCCAUGGAUACGCUGCAUAAGCACAAUUACUCUAUUGAAGAGGCGAUGUGUUCGUUAGUUCCUUCCAGUGGGCCAGUACUCUGCCGUGAUGAAAUCGAAGAUUGGAGUGCCUCAGAGGCGAAUUUAUUUGAAGAGGCAUUGGAUAAAUAUGGCAAAGAUUUUAAUGACAUUCGGCAGGACUUUCUUCCCUGGAAAACGCUGAAACAAAUAAUUGAAUACUAUUAUAUGUGGAAGACGACCGACCGUUAUGUGCAACAGAAACGUGUAAAGGCUGUCGAAGCGGAACUUAAACUGAAACAGGUUUAUGUGCCGCAAUAUAAUCAAGUGAACAAAAGUGGCAAUGCUGGUGUUUCAAUCAAAGGCGGAGCCAAUAUAUAUAAUGGCACUACAAAUGGUGGUGCUGAUCUCUCCAACAAUGGCAAACCGUGUGAAUCUUGCUCAACUGUUAAAUCCUCACAGUGGUAUCCUUGGACUGGCAGUAGCCACGGUGCAUGUCGUCUUUGUCAAAAUUGUUGGGACUAUUGGAAGAAGUAUGGUGGUUUGAAGAGUGCUGCUAAACUUGAAAUCGAUCAUGAACCCAAGAAGAAAGCAGUUCCAGUUGUAGUUGAAGUGAUUGAUAAUGAGAAAGUGAGCGAUUUAUCUAAUCGCCAAAUGCACAAAUGCCCUAUGGUGAAUUGUGGUAAAGAAUUCAAAUUAAAAACGCAUUUGGCGCGUCACUUUGAUCAAGCGCAUGGCAUUGCUAUCAGUUCCGGCUCACCGCGGCCCAUCAUGAAAACUCGCACCGCCUUCUAUCUACAUACGAACGCAAUGACGCGUUUGGCACGUGUGCUCUGUCAGAACUAUAUAAAGCCCAAAAAAGCAGCGCGCCAAACAUCCUACGCAAUCAAUACGCAAUUGGUGAAACAAGAAUUUACAAAUCGAAUAAACGAUAAAACCGCUGCUGAUAUAAAGAAAAUUUUGUUGAUGAAACGGAAAAAGCGAGAGCGCGGCAAUGUUACGAAAAUUGCUAAUCGCUUGGGAUCACCGGGCAUUGGGCCACAUGAAUGGUUGGUGUUGACACCAAAAGAUAAAAUACCAAAACCCGAUGUAGUCUCAUUUCCCAAACCGCCAAAAGCAGCAGAUGGCAGUUUGUUGUAUGAUCGUGUGCCCAAUAAAAUACUGGAGCUGGAGAAAGAUCUAACCAUAAUACCAGCUCCAGCGCCGGUAUUACCAAAUCCAAUAGCUACUGCAGUGUUACCAGCAGUGGUGCCUACCAUUACGCCUGCAUCGGUACCAGUUGCAAAGGUAACAGCAAUCAAUGCGGCGACUCCAGCACCAAAAGUAGCAGCAGAACGUUCGCGCGUUUCCAAGGAUCAGCCCCCAGUUCCAGCACCCACUAUUGCCGGCGGCUCAGCAGCAGCGCGGCGGUCUGAUUGUUGGCGUAAGCGUGGUCGCGAACGGAGUGAGGAAGCUGCGGAUGGUAAUGAGUGGAUGAUGUAUCCUGUGUAUCCACCCACUAAGCGUCCGAAUAAGGAUCCCAUGCCAUCACAUCGUCCAAGCAAUGAACAAUUUGCCGCAAUGAUGGCUGCCGCUGGUCACACCUUAACAAGACAUCACCUUAAUGGCAAACCGAAAUUAGCUCAAAUGGGCCGUGCUGGUAAUGGACGCAAGCAGGUCAUUAGCUGGGUUGAUGCACCGGAUGAUUAUUAUUUUAGAGCUACGGAAAGUAGCAAAAAAUGGCGCAAAACACUUUCACCCGCUGAUCUGCGACGAAUUGCACGUAAACCCUGGCGAGAGCUGCCACUUAAAGCCCAACAACUAGCCCAGAUGGCACAUGUUGUAGCGUCACCAGCAGUGACGGCGAGCAGACAAAUGGAAUCGCAAGUUGUAAUACUCGACUGACCGUCGUCAGUGGCAGCAAUAACAACAAGCGCAACUACUGGAGUAGCAACAGCAACCGCAGUGUCGACAACAGAAACAACCACAACCUUAACAGCGUCGCUAAAUCGCAAUGAGAAAUCACUACUGCAGCAGCAAAAGCAACAGCAACAGCAGCAGCAGCAGCAAAUACAAAAGCAGCAGUUACAAUUACAACAAAAUAAAAACACACCACCACAACGUACCCCACCACCUUUUCCAUAUACGAUGGAUGCGUUGCUGAAUUAAAUGCAUGUGAUUUGUUUUAAGACACACUUGCAAAUACAUGUACGCGUGAGCACGUUGAGAGUGGAAAUGUUGCAUGUUAGCACUAGGCUAGGCUAGCGUUGGUUGCAUUAGGGGCUAGCGCUAUGUAUGUAUAUAUAUAGAGAAAGCAAUUAAAAUGAUCGACUAAUGAUAGAGCAUAAAUAUAAUGAUAGCAUUGAUAUAGAGAGUGAGCGGCUAUGGCGGCAAGAGAAAUAUGGACAACGACACAGCUACAUAUUUACAACUUUAAUAGUGUGUAAUUAUUAAUUAAAAAAUGAAAAAAAAAAACAAAGAAACAAGAAAAAAUAUACAACAAUUACAAGAAAGAUUAUCACUUAAGCUCUAAAUCAACAUAGCAUAUAGACAUACGCAAAGCAUAUUUCUAUAUAUAUUAAAUAUAUGUAUGUAUGUUGGUAUGUUGCAUAUGUCGACACGGAUACAAAAGCUUAGCCUCAGCUUAAAGCUAAAUCCGCAACUGCAGCUGCUCUAAGCUGUAUGGUUAUUCAAGAAUAAUAUUUAUUUAUAGGUAUACACAUACAUAUUUGUAAAUUUUUUUCUAAGUGCUUCUGUUGGUUUCAACUUUUAAAUAGCUUUGUCAAAAGAUAGAAAUCUUUGCGGUCGUUUUAUUUUGUCUUCUCAUAGAUUGCUACGUAAAAUAGCCUAUUCUCCAAAACAUAUGCCUUUGAGUUUCGUCUACUUUUAGUUUAAGAACCCUAUUUUUUGCGCGAAGUAUAAAGGCUUUAUAUAUUUUUUUCAUCCAUUCUGCUUAGUUUAAUAAGUAUUCAAUGUUCAUUUCACUUAUUUUAGGUUUCUACUGUAUAAAUGUUAUGUGAAACUAAAAGUAUCACGGUGUGCUAUUUUUUUUUAUUUUAUUUUUUUUUUUACUAAAACAAAUAUAAAAGGUGAAGAAGGAAAAAUUUCGAAUGAUUUCUUGCAGAUGUAACCUAUGUUAUAUAUAUGUAUACAUAUUUGUACUAUUUGUCAAUUACAUAUGUAAUAGUAAUAAUUUCUCAAUCUAAAACGUAUUUGAAUUAAAUCGUGCAAAACUUUCAAGUAAUUUCAUGUUUAAUUUUAGCUUGCUUCUCGCCUCGUGUUCUCUUCAUGUUAGUAUUUUAUAAUUAUAAAACUGGUCGCAAUAUACUACAUAUAAUUUAGUAAAAGGCAAUAGAUAACUAGCUUAGGGAUCAGCUAGAAAGUAACUAAUGAAAAAGUUUAUCGAAGAGAUAUAACUGUACUAAAAUGUUUUAAACGCGGAAAUAAUGCAUACAUUUAAUACGUUUUACAUAUGAAAGUCAAACGGCUAAAACAUAUACAUACAUAUAAACGUCUCUUUCUACUUUUUUUAAUACAUUAUAUUGAUUACAUUUGUUAUUCACUUUCUUCUAAGAUUUAUUCCUGAUUUCCUUUUUAAAUGUGAUUUGUGUGUUGUAAAAGCGCGGAACUGAAUAUUAAAGUUAAUACAUACAUUUAAAUAGCACAGUAAUACAUAAAUACAUAAUCAGAUAAAUCAAAUUCAAAAUGAAAAAUAACAAACCCUAAGUUACUUGCAUACCAUUUGACAGGACAAACACGACUUAUUUAUUUCAACCACUACUACUGUACUGCUAUAUUCGAUAUGUUACGAUUGACCAAAAAUACGUACUUUAAGGCGAUUUGACCAAUUCAAAAAUGCUGCUAAACGAGAGGAGGUUAGUUGCCUUAAGCCUCAAAAUUGUUAAUUACACUUUUUGGAAAAAAAAGAAAAAAAUACAAAAUUGCAAAAAAAAAA